UGAGAGCGUCGAGCUGAGCUGAACACAAGAGCAGAGAGCCAAACUGAGCAGGCGCGGUGCACGAGAGUCUCACGAAGUCAAUUUGACCGUCUGUGCGCCAGACCGAAUUGGGGAACAGUAUAGAUUCUCAGCUGUGAGUAUACCGCUAUACCGUGGGAAGAGAUGAUCCUGUCUUCGGGACUGACAUAACGGUUAAAGGGUGACUCAGUGAACAUGGCCCCAAAUUCCAUCCACUGGUUCCGGAAGGGCCUCCGUCUCCAUGACAACCCUGCACUUCAGGAGGCAGUACGUGGGGCAGACACUGUUCGAUGCGUCUACUUCCUGGAUCCCUGGUUUGCUGGGUUGUCCAACCUUGGGGUCAACAGGUGGAGAAUCAGUCCAUGGAAUGUGGAUCUGCCUUUAUGGUGGAAAGACAAUACAAGACUUUGUAGACUGCAAUGUGCAUUCCAAAGAUCUCGUUCACACAAAGGUCUCUCCAGCACUGCCUUUGACUUUUCUUGCAACUUUGACGGCGCUGUCAGCUCUUGCCCAUUUUCUGAGACCCAUACAGGUUUCAAAAAACUUGAGGGAUUUGACAUAGAGGGACUACCAUCUGCUGUCUGGCCAGGAGGUGAAACAGAGGCGUUAACAAGGAUUGAAAGGCAUCUGGAGCGAAAGGCUUGGGUUGCAAAUUUUGAAAGACCCAGAAUGAAUGCCAAUUCUUUGCUAGCCAGUCCGACUGGCCUGAGUCCCUACCUCCGUUUUGGCUGCCUCUCCUGCCGCCUCUUCUAUUUCAAACUCACAGACCUCUACAGGAAGGUAAAGAAAACCAGCACUCCUCCACUCUCCCUCUAUGGUCAGCUGCUGUGGAGGGAAUUUUUCUACACUGCCGCCACCAACAACCCACGAUUUGAUAAGAUGGAAGGCAACCCGAUCUGUGUGCGCAUCCCCUGGGACAAGAACCCAGAUGCUUUAGCCAAAUGGGCUGAAGCUAAGACAGGUUUUCCAUGGAUUGAUGCCAUUAUGACCCAGCUGAGGCAGGAGGGCUGGAUCCACCACUUGGCCCGUCAUGCUGUCGCUUGUUUUCUCACUCGUGGAGACCUGUGGAUCAGUUGGGAAGAGGGCAUGAAGGUGUUCGAGGAGCUCCUGUUGGAUGCUGACUGGAGUGUAAAUGCAGGCAGCUGGAUGUGGCUCUCCUGUAGCUCUUUCUUUCAACAGUUCUUUCAUUGCUACUGUCCAGUGGGUUUCGGCAGGCGCACUGACCCUAACGGCGAUUUCAUUAGACGAUAUUUACCUAUUCUCCGAGGUUUCCCUGCCAAAUAUAUCUACGACCCAUGGAACGCCCCAGACUCUGUGCAGGCCGCUGCCAAGUGCAUCAUCGGUGUCCACUACCCCAAACCCAUGGUGAACCACGCUGAAGCGAGCCGCCUCAACAUUGAGAGGAUGAAGCAGAUCUACCAACAACUUUCACGCUACAGAGGACUUGGACUUCUGGCCUCCGUACCAUCCACACACAACGGGAAUGGGAAUGGGAUGGCAUACUCCCCAGGGGAACAGCAGUCGGGGACCAAUACACCAGCACCAGCUGUAUCAGGCGGUUCCAGUGGUAAAAGGAGUGGAAGUAUUCUGCUGAAAUUUGACAGUGAAAAGCAGCAGGGACCAAGUGGAAUUCAGCAACAACAGCAGCAGCAAUCAGGAUACCAUCACAUGACCGACACAGGGCACAGCAGUCGAAUUUACAAAUGUAAUGUCUCACACGACAUGACAGGUCCACAGCAUUCAGCAGGACACCUGCUGCACUCAGGAGGAAGUGUGACUGGUAAGAGGGCGCGAGAGUCGGAACGAGACCUUGACAGUGAAGAUGACACCCUCUCCACCUCUCACAAGUUACAGCGGCAAAUUGCAGAGGUCACUUCAGUUCACAGCGGGAAGCAGUCGAGUAUGAAGAGUUAGAUGGACAUAUCAUCGUACUGAGCAGAACAGAUUCAAAACAAGGUGCAGACUGAAGAGGACUGACUUUAAAUCUGGUUUCCUUUAAACAACUCAUGUUUGGGAUUUUUUUUCGUUUUUCCCUUCUUUUCCCUUUUUUCUUAUGUUCAAUUGAUAUGAAUAGUAACAGAGAAUUCAUUUUUAUCAUUUAAUGAAAUUCAGUUGCUUUAAAAAGAAGUUACUGAUUUUACAUCCAUUGACAGACAAAAACGGCCAUAAAAAGAUUUUGUCCUUGUUUCCUUGGCAAACCCCUUUCUCUUUUGCCCAACUUUGCACAGGUUAGGGUUUUAUUUACUGUCGAGUGAACCAUACUGUACCAAGUGGGAUAUAUUUAUCAGCUUUUAACAAGCAUGAUAAAGCUGAGCUUCAUUGUAUACUCAUUGCAGCUAGGAUUUUGAGUAUUUUUACAGUUUGGUUGGCACCAGUACCAGCCAAUUUCAAUUUCACUUAUUCUCAGUAGAGUGGUGUACGUGUGACUUUUUGUAAACAGAAAAAUUUAUACAGGUAUAUUUUAUAUAUUGGUGUUUCGUUCUUUGCUAGUUCAGUGUAUUAGUGUUUACUUAAAAAUUUCAUAUAUAAAUAAAUAUUAAAUACCAGCAGAGCUGACAUUUUAAAAUAGGGUUUAAAGAUUUCUAGAUUUUAAAAUCAUUUACUUUGACACGGUGACAUCUGUAUCGUUUUUGCCGACCAGGAGAGGUUUUCAGUUCUAAUGUGAAUGUUUUGAUAUGACAAUUGUAGAAACCUCAGUGCUUUUUGACUGUAAUAUCUCUGUGCUAUAAUAGUUUGUCACAGCAGAAGUCAACCAUUUCUGUUUUCUCCUCAUUUGAGCUGUUCAUUUAUUUAAAUUUUUUUAUUUCCUUUCUGUGAAAUGUGACGUCAAGUCUAAAUAUUGUCCUUGAAGUCUGUAAACAGUUGUAAAAUUAAAUCUGAUUGAAACUGGA